AGGAAAGAGCCACUGGGCUCGGGUCUGGUCUAACCACGGGAACAGACUUGAACCAGGGAGGCAGCUCCUGGCCAAGGCAAGGCGUGGAGGUUUUACCGGGAGUUAGUAUCUUUCCCUUGUUAACUUUUCCUUGGGAGGAAAGGCAAGAUGGUACUUUUUUGUUCUCAGACGUCUGUCUAAAUCAAACCCUGCUAAUUUUAUUUGACUUUUAUUGUGGGAUUCUACAGCAGACAAGAAGGGAAGUUAGCUUCCCACCAAGCAGCUGCCGAGCUCCGGUGGGGUUUUGCUCUGGGACAGCAACGGUGGGAAGCCGGUGAGUCUGUCCAGGUGACUUGCCGGACUGUUCUGAAACAGGACUUGGUGCACCCUCCAAAGUAUGGUGAGUUGGUACUGAUUUCACCGUUACCUAGUGGAGGACGAGAAGGUGGAUUUGCAGAGACUCAGGGGAGAAGGAGAAGCUUUUCAUCUUGUCCCCACCAAGGCACCAUGGGCAACGUCUUUCUGCGGCUCUGGGCGUACCUGGAGCCCUGCGUCUCCUGCUCGUCCCAGGAGGCCGACAAGCCAAUGGUGAUCGCGAAUCCGGGGGCACAAAGCCCCCCGGACGCUCCCGGGUCGCAGGAGCAGGAGCCCGGGAGAAGCGCCAUACGCUACUUCGUGGCUCUGUUUGACUACCAGGCUCGGACUGCAGAGGACCUGAGCUUCCGGGCUGGCGAUAAACUGCAAGUCUUGGACGCUUCCCACGAGGGCUGGUGGUUUGCCCGACACUUGGAAAAAAGGGCAGACGGCUCCAGCCAGCAGCUACAGGGCUAUAUUCCUUCUAACUACGUGGCUGAGGACAGGAGCCUGCAGGCAGAGCCGUGGUUCUUUGGAGCAAUCAAAAGAACAGAUGCAGAAAAACAACUAUUAUAUUCAGAAAAUCAGACAGGUGCCUUUCUCAUCAGAGAGAGUGAGAGCCAGAAAGGAGACUUCUCUCUUUCAGUUUUAGAUCAAGGAGUUGUAAAACACUACAGAAUCAGAAGACUGGAUGAAGGGGGAUUUUUUCUCACCCCGAGAAGGAACUUUUCAACACUGAAUAAAUUUGUGAGGCACUACAGCACUACAAGGGAUGGCUUGUGUGUCAAGCUGGGAAAGCCAUGCUUAAAGAUACAGGCCCCAAUGCCUUUUGAUUUGUCUUAUAAAACCGUGGACCAGUGGGAGAUAGACCGCAACUCCGUGCAGCUUCUGAAGCGGCUGGGAUCUGGCCAGUUUGGCGAAGUAUGGGAAGGCCUGUGGAACAACACCACUCCUGUAGCAGUCAAAACGUUAAAACCAGGUUCAAUGGAUCCAAAUGACUUCCUGAGGGAGGCGCAGAUAAUGAAGAGCCUAAGACAUCCCAAGCUUAUCCAGCUCUAUGCUGUUUGCACUUUAGAAGAUCCAAUUUAUAUUAUUACAGAGUUGAUGAGACAUGGAAGUCUGCAAGAGUAUCUCCAAAAUGAUGCUGGGUCAAAAAUCCACCUGACUCAGCAAGUAGACAUGGCGGCACAGGUUGCCUCUGGAAUGGCCUAUCUGGAGUCUCAGAACUACAUCCACAGAGAUCUGGCUGCCAGAAAUGUCCUCGUUGGUGAACAUAAUAUCUACAAAGUAGCGGAUUUUGGACUUGCAAGAGUUUUUAAGGUAGGUAAUGAAGACAUCUAUGAAUCUAAACACGAAAUAAAGCUGCCGGUGAAGUGGACUGCGCCUGAAGCCAUUCGUGCUAAUAAGUUCAGCAUUAAGUCUGAUGUGUGGUCAUUUGGAAUCCUUCUUUAUGAAAUCAUUACUUAUGGCAAAAUGCCUUAUAGUGGUAUGACAGGUGCUCAGGUAAUCCACAUGUUGAGUCAAAACUAUAAACUGCCGCAACCAUCUAACUGUCCACAGCAAUUCUACAGCAUCAUGCUGGAGUGCUGGAAUGCAGAGCCGAAGGAACGACCAACAUUUGAGACACUGCACUGGAAACUUGAGGACUAUUUUGAAACAGACUCUUCAUAUUCAGAUGCAGAUAACUUCAUAAGAUGAACACUGAAGAAGAAUAUUAAAUAACAAAGCAACAAAAAUACUGAAUAAUCAGUCCAGAAAUGCAAUCUGAUCAAUCAACUGCAAAAUCAGUUUAUCCUGACAUAUGAAAGUGAUAGGGUAAAUUUAGGCAGGUAUCACACAAAAUAUUGUAAUUGCGUUUUAUUGACUGGGCAACACUGUAGGACAUCUAAGAUGAUAUAUUAUUUUCUCACUUCCUGGUAAAAUUAAGUGCAUUAAACAAAGUUAUUUUUCUUUUAAAGAAAUGCUCACAUUUCUAUUUAUUGUUUGAAAUGCCGAUCAAGAGAAUCAACAGAUGAUAGUCAAUUUUUACUCAGUGACUGUUGUAGCAUUUUCCUGUUUACUGAUUACAGUGGUUAUUCAUUAUUCUUCAGAUUGCUGAAUCCCAUCAGGCUGUUAUUAUGAAGGGAUUUGAUUGCUUUGGUGCACAGCAGGACCUGUGCUUUGAGAUUUUUUUUUUCUUUUUUAAAAUAUCCUGUAACUACAAUGAUGGUAAAGCCAUGUUAAACGACUUGAUUGUACUUGGAGUAAUUGCACGUACUUGCACCCCAUGCAUAAAAAAAUGAAACAGCUGUUGAGAGAACGAAUUAAAAUUUUUCUCAUUUUGUAGAAGGAAAUGAUGGAAUUUUUUCUAUACCUCAGUAUGUGCAAUCUGAGAAUCAUCUACAAUAGUUUUAAUCCCUUAAUGUCAAGAAUCAGGUUGCAAAGCUGAUGAGUUAUUACUUAUGGAAAUACAUGAAAAACAUCUAAUAGCCCACAGUAUGAGAAAUAGGUCUAUUGAAAUAGAAAAAUAAGAAGUGGGCAUAUAGGUCAAAGUUUUAAUACAAAACAGAUUAAACUAUUUCAGAAUCAGAGGCUAGGAGUAAUGUCUGCACUAUAUCAGGGAAAAAGAUUUUUACUAAUCUUAAAUUUGGAUUAAACUUUGUAACAAUAUUACUGUCUUCUCAAGCAACGGGGAUAUCAAAUUCUCUGCCUCAUUGGAUGACGAGGGGGACUUUUCCAAGUUGGUUUCAAAAUCAAAUGUAUAUUCAAAGACCUUUGAUGUAAAGCAAUAUGAAUGAAACAAGCCACUAGAAAAUAGGAUGUUUUGAAUAUAUUCUCUUAUCUGGCUUUAAGAGAGAAGAACCUAUCCAAAUAGUUACAGAAACCCAAGUUCAAAGUGGAUUCAGUGAAGCAUAAAUGAAUCUGUAAACUCUCUUAAGUGGAUGGUAGGAGGCCUCUAGGCACAAUACCACCAGUGGUUCAGUGAUGUCUAUGAAGUCCCAUGUCCUUUCCAACAUUUGCCUCUGCCAUCCUCAUGGUUCAUGUUUUCAGGAUAACAGAUGGCUGUCAUUGGCAAAACUGGGGCUCCUCGUUCUCUCUCCUCGUCUAGCAGGAGAAAACAGGAAACUUUCUCUCAAGCUUGGAUAAAAAUAGUGUUCAUUUUCUUGUUCAGGCAAACUUGGGUCACAUGCCAGCCCUGGACCAAUAAUUGAUAUAAUGUGAAUGCUUUGUGCUAACUGGCUUAAAAUAAGUCCUGAGACCGAAUCUGGCAAUGGGGUCAACUUCCCCAGAGACAGGAUGUGAGAUCAGAAUUUCUGAAUAAAAUUAGAGAAUAUUAGAUGCCACGAACGUGUCCAUUGAGGAGAAAAUCCCUUGAGAUGACUGUUAGAUUUUAUCAACCUGUGUACCAGUCCAUCUGUCUAUUCAUCCACCCUUCCAUCCAUCCGUCACUAUCAUCUCACCCCCUCCUUUCUCUCUCUCUCUAAAUAUAUAUAUAUAUAAUAUAUAUAUACAUACACACAAGGUGGCCAUAAAGUUUGUAUACAAUUUAAAAUAGUGUGCAAUUUAAAUUUGUAUAUACACACACACAAAUACACAUAUAUCACAUCUAUAUACAGACAUAUGUACGUAUGUAUUUAUUCACAUAUACACAUAUAUAUGUAUAUAGGGAAGGUAGGUGUGUCCAUAUACAUUCAAACUUUUCUGAAGUCCUUGGACUAAAAGGGGUCACAUAGGGCUAAAGAUUAUAAAACCGCUUGAUUGGGGAGGAGGAGCCCGGAAGGGGAAAAGGAAAGAAAAAGAAAAAAAACAAAACCACUUAAUUCCUUUAUUAGCAGAACAUAUUUGUAAGCUGAGAUCAACACUAAUAUUUUUAAUCAGUUGACUAUGUAUAGUACAACUUCAAUUAUUUUUAUUUAAAGUCAUGGAGUCUAAAGCAAGCAAGGGGCAAAUUAUAAAAAACCAGUUAGUAAAACUUCAAAGAAGAUUAUUUUUUCAAGUUCAUUUCUUCGUGUUCAAUUCUGCUUGGGCAUAUACAGGAAUGAAUGGAAAUUUUUCCAUUUCAUUGUGCACAUUCAACUACUAUAUAAUUUGUCUCUUUGUACUAAAUGAUAAUAAUUUUUUAAACUAAGAUCUGAUUUCUAAAUAUAUUAAAAAAAGGUUAUUUUUUCCUGUUUUAAUACCACAUGAAACCGGUUUAACUUACUGUGUUUGAUUCUUGGGGACAUUUAUGUUCAAGGUUUCUGUCAAAGCAAUCUAUUAUUCUUGUUUUUACCUGAUGGAUCAUGGAGAAAAAUAAUGGAUUCAGUUAUGAGAAGCAAUAAUAGAUUUUUUUUUCAACUGACAUAAAUUUCUCUCCCUGUAUGAAAUAAAAGGAUCAGGAGAAGAUAUGUUGAAUUUUCCUACAAUGAGCCAGCUCCUGUUAAAUUUACCUCCCAUAAAUUGUAGCAAAGCACUUUUUAUGUAAUGUUUUAUUUAUGUAAUUCAGUUAUUUGGAGGUGGUGGUGAGAGAUGUGAGUAUAUCAUUUCAUGUUGUAUUUCAAAUCUCUUUUGACAAAAACCGUAAGAAUUUUUGUGACAGAAAAAAGUCAAUGUUUCAUUAA